GGAUGAGUGACAUCAUUCCAUAAAGGAACGCGAAGCGACAUAAAUGUACAUUCUUUUUUUUAUCCUGCGUGAAACGGGAGAUCCGUCAAGUGAAACGUGUUUAAAUCAUACUCGUGGAAGUUUAUUAUUUUUCUUUUUAAGUACAUAUCCAACUACACACGUCGCGUCACUUCCUCGGAUCGCGCCCAUCCCUUUGGAAGAAAAAAAAAGUCCACGGAGGAAAAAGAACGGAGGGAAAAGUCCAUAAGCAAUGAUCCAGAUGUAAAAGUGGAAUAUACGGACGAGAGAGAGCCACACAGAAGAAUAAUAUCCCUUCAACAGUCAUGCCGCUCCACAAAUCCACCCGGGCCUCUCGCUUGGACCCCACCAUGAUCUCAGCCCCUCUGGGCGACUUCCGUCACACGAUGCACAUCGGCAGAGGAGGCGACGCCUUCGGGGACACCUCCUUUCUGUCCACGCUGGGUCCCAGCCCGCCCGGCUCUGACCCGGGGAGUCCCGGGUCGUCGUCGGUGGACUACCAGGCGUCGGUAAACCACAACGAUCUCUAUCAAGAACCCCCACAAAACCACGAGCCGGAGCACUCCGAGUCGGUGUCGUCGUUCACUUUGGACUUGGAUCUAGAUCUGGGUCCUUCCAUGCUGGGGGACGUGCUCGGCGUGAUGGACGGAUUGGGACUGGACUCCAAUGUGGAAGACGCAUUUGGGCCUAAAGGAGGCGUGUCCCCAGUGGACACAAAGCAAGGGAAGAUGCUGAAUGGGAAGACCUCAACCGGGCUGGACGGGAACCAGAUGGGAGACGGCAGAAUCCCAGAUGGGCCCAAACCAAAGGGGGUGCGACCCAAGGUGAGAUUCAGCGACAAACGGGAGGAGAUCAUACGCCAGGCUUCCGAGGAGGAAGAGGGGCAAGGGUUUGACUUCCAAGAGGAGGACCUGAUGGAGACUCCGACUAGAGGGGAGUCUGCCUCCGCCCAUAGGGAUCUGCCCCCCAGCCCCGCCUCGUCCCAUAGCUCCGACUUUGAAUGUGUGAGCGCCCUGGACAGGAGGAGGGUGGGCAGCAGCCACUCGGAGACUGACUCGGAAGAAGAGGAGGAAGUAGGGCGGGGCUACACGUUUGAAGACGAGUUUGACGAUGAGAUUGGCCUCUGAGGGCGGCGGCGCGGAUGCUUUCAAAGAGUCACGUGACCGGAUCCAAACUUGCUGUAACGCGUGAAGACCACGUUGCUUCUGCUGGGGGAAAACACUGUUUUAUCGACAAUGGUGACAGAUAUGCCACUGCGUAGGGGUGUUACAAGGUCUCGCCACGUUCAAGCGGGGCGGGAUUUCUCAUAAACCCUCUGGUGGCCAGGGGGCCUGGGACCAUAUUACAUUUAUUAAUUAAUCACAGUCAGAAUUAAAUGGAUCAUUUUGCCGGGCUCAAUAUAUUGCCAUGUGCAUGUGUAUCAAAUUUCACCAAAAAUGCUACAAUUCUAAUGUAGCUAACAUGCUAACAUAACAGCACUUAGCGUUUACGUAAGGUUUUACUCAUGAAAAGGGCUAAAAUGUCACUAUGCUAACGUUACCGUGCCUGAAAGUGGCUAAAAAGGCUAUGCUAACACUUUAUAUGAUAGCACUCAAGUUUCUGUAAGUUUGUACUGUAAAAAUGUCUAAAAAGGCUACUAUGCUUAGCAUGCUGAUACAUAGCAUGAUAGCGCUAUCUACCUGGAAAGCUAAGUGUCCUUGAGCAUUAAAUAACAAUCCUAACGUUACAUUGCUAAUAUAAAGAAAAAUGGGUAGCCAUCUCAAGCCCUAAUCAUAAACAUUGCAAAUAUUUUUUAAAAUAUUUGUAUGUUUUUUCUUACAUGCUGGCCUUUAAAUGGUAACAAAAUACAAUAUGAAUGUUUAAAAGUCAAUGUAUUGUAGUGUUGGUUCCAUAGAACAACGGCAAGGUGGGAGUGAGCCCUUUUGUAUAGUCAUACAGUCUGAAACAAAUAGAUUGCAAUAUAUUAAUAUAUGCAGUCAUAUAUAUUUUUUUUUAAGUAAUGUUCAAAAAUCUCGAGUGUCUGGUGACACCCCUGGCGCUGUACCUUUUACAGUGGAACCCGCUUAUGUUGACAGCCCUGUUGUUCCAUUUUUGCUGGGUUGUAUUUCUACUUAUGUGCCCCCAGGCCGCACUUUGAACACCUCUGGUAUAAAAUAUAUGAAAAUAAUUACAAUGGAAAAAUAAAAAACGCCAUUAAUCGUGAACCCAUUCUGCUCAGUUUCGGUUCCGAUGCUGUCGACGACCAAUUGUGUCGUCCCGGGGUGUGUGUGUGUGUGCAUAAACAGGUUCCACUGUCGUUUUUUUCUCAUUCAUU